AAGCCAUUCACAUGUGAUCAGUGUGGGAAGAGUUUCAGUCAAUCAGCAAACCUUAAAGCACACAUGAGGAUCCACACAGGAGAAAGACCGUUCACAUGUGAUCAAUGUGACAAAACAUUUAUUAGGUCAUCAGACCUAAAGUCACACCAGACAGUUCAUACAAAGGAGAAGCCACAUUCAUGUUCUGUGUGUGGAAAGAGUUUUUUACUGCUGUGUAGUUUACAAAAACAUGAGAAAAUUCAUACUGGUGUGAGAGAGUAUGUGUGCUUUGAGUGUGAGAGAACUUUUACUACAGUAAAAACUUUAAAACAGCACCAGAGAAUUCACACUGGAGAAAAACCUUACAAGUGUUCACAGUGUGACAAGAGAUUUAGUCAGUUAUCAAAUCUAAAAACACAUGAGAUGAUCCACACUGGAGAAAAACCUUACAAGUGUUCACAUUGUGACAACAGAUUCAGUCAGUUAGCACAUAUGAAAACACAUGAGAUGAUCCACACUGGAGAAAAACCUUACAAGUGUUCACAGUGUGACAAGAGAUUCAAUAAGUCAUCAGCUCUGAAAACACAUGAGAAGAUCCACACUGGAGAAAAACCUUACAAGUGUUCACACUGUGACAAGAGAUUCACUCAGUCAGUAAAUCUGAAAACACACGAGAGGAUCCACACAGGAGAAAAACCUCACAUGUGUUCACAGUGUGGCAUGAGAUUCAAUAUGUCAUCAUCUCUGAAAACACAUGAGAUGAUCCACACUGGAGAAAAACCUUACAAGUGUUCACAGUGUGACAAGAGAUUCAAUAUGUCAUCAUCUCUGAAAACACAUGAGAUGAUCCACACUGAAGUAAAUCUGAAAACACACAAGAGGAUCCACACUGGAGAAAAACCUUACAAGUGUUCACAGUGUGGCAUGAGAUUCAGUGAUUCAUCAUAUCUGAAAACACAUGAGAGGAUCCACACUGGAGAAAAACAUUACAAGUGUUCACACUGUGACAAGAGAUUCAAUCAGUCAUCAACUCUGAAACGGCAUGAGAAGAUCCACACUGGAGAAAAACCUUACAAGUGUUCACACUGUGACAAGAGAUUCAGUCGGUCAUCAAAUCUGAAAACACAUGAGAGGAUCCACACUGGAGAAAAACCUUACAAGUGUUUACACUGUGACAAGAGGUUCAAUAAGUCAUCAUCUCUGAAAACACACAAGAGGAUCCACAGCAGAGAGAAGCCGCACACGUGUGAUCAGUGUGGAAAGAGUUUCACUAUUAAAAGUCACCUGAAGAUACACAUGAAGAUCCAUGCAGUGGAGAAACCACAUCACCACAGUGUGAAAUCAUGAUAAGUAGUUCAUUUUUAUGUGCUGAACAAAAAAAUCUCUUUUGUGUAAGUUAGCCACAGCCAAAUCUCUCCUCUCCAGCUAUAGUUGGCACCAUGGGCGACAAGUUUUAUUUAUUUAUAUUUUUUUGCAGUUACUAAACAUAUUUUUGUACCUGCAUCAGCAAAUUAUUCACAAAAAUUUUAAGCAAACAAGUUUAACCCUUUAACGACCCAGUGGUCCGUUAGUGGGACUGAUAAGAGUGUUAUAAGGUUAAACAAGUUGUUUUUUUAAAUGAGGAGUAUACCAUCUAACUAAUCUUUUAUUAUGCUCGCAGUGCGUCGGUUAAAUGAAUUGCGAUAUUUAAUAAUAAAAGUAGCAUAAUAAUAACAAUAAUCCACUAUACGCCACUGUGAAGGGAUAAACGGUGUUCAGGCAGCAAAUGUCCCAUUAAUUACAUGAUGUCUGGUAAUAGUAUAGAAAAGUUUUUAUUGCGCAUGUGUCAAACUCGGUGAUCCACGUGCAUCUGUGGUUUAGUAUACUUUGAAAGAUGCACGGACACGACUGCACGUGAGACACGUCCAGGCGCGUAAAGUGAAAUAGACCCGGGGCUUGAUGGCGCGCUGUCUUUCCGCGCUCACAGGCAAAGAAUUAUCUUUGAAAGGCUUGCACACUCAACUGUGCGCGAGAUGGAGCAGAACAUGGGAAAUGACAUAUACCCCGGCCUUAACCACUCCAAAUUGUAGUGGACUGGAGCUGACAUCUGACUUUGGGAAAAAUACCCCCAAUGUCCCCCAUGUUAUUAUGUCUUGACAUGGAGUUUAACUGUUGCUGGUUGAUGUGAGAUGCAUUCUGGGAUACCUGGCUGUCUCAAGUCCCCUCUCGACGCAUCCUCUAUAAAAGUCGGAUCAAGAACACAUCCGGGGAUUUGAACUGUACUUGGCUAGAUGUGAACUUUGAAUUGGAUCAGUACUCGGGCAGCAGCUGAUGACGUUUCAAAAACAGACAAGAACGCAUAUUAAAAAAUGGAUAACUAAUGAAUGAAUGAGGCAUUUAUAUAGCACUUUACUAUGUACUACUGUACACCGUAAGUGCUUCACAAUCACAUCAGGGGUCGCUCCUCAUCCACUGGAUAAUUCAACAGCAGACACAGAGCAACAGCACCAAGAUCAAAUCUGUGGUUUAUUGAUAAAGAAAGCGCCUAUUUGAAAAUUUGAUCUGACGUUGUCGGAGUUGUGAGAUCCAGACGAUCACUGGGCUUUCAGCGCUCAUGUACACCGCCGAGAGCAGCCUUACCUCGGCUAGUCCUUCUGAUGAUUGCCGCUGACUCUGAUGACUCUGUAGUGGUUAAACAUGAGAUAUAAUUCAUCUUUUGUAACAGGCAAUCUUUGGUCUCAUUAAUCUAUAAUUUGUUCCCUGGAAAAUCGUUUUGGCUGAGGGUAAAGUAAAGUUUCAUAACUUUAUAUAUUUAGGCUAUUUAACUUUACUGUUGUAGUCUAUUAGAGCGUUGACUUUGAACGUUUGACUGAACCGUUUGCUUUAAUGUUUAUUGUAGCUUCUUAUACAUGUAAAUGUACCUUUUGCUUAUAUUUUUAUAAUGGCUGUUAUUGAUCAUUAAAACUGACAUUUAACAAAA